AUGGAUUCUAUGCGCAGCCUCAACACAUCGCUGCCGAAGACGCGGCGGCAGCCCGACGUGCACCAGUCCUUCCGCACGGCCGCCCUCAACGUCACAAAUCUGUACAAGUCGGCGCUCGCCGACAUCGACAACGCCCGCAACGAUGGCUACCAAGAAGCUUUGGAUGAGUUGCUAGCUUUUCUAGACAGGGAAAACAUGGGAAUGGGCGAUGGCGAAGGUUGGCGGAUACGGCAAUGGGCCACGGAACGGCUGGACGGCUCCCAGCCGAAGCAAUCGAGCAGCGAUAGCGAUGAAGACUAUCUGGAUGAACGACGUGCACGAAGCUCGUCGCCUGUCUUGGAGGGUAACAUGGCGUCCGAAGACGCUCGCACGGGUGGCGAGAAUAUCGACAUGGCGCAGCGCAGCGAUUCGGCACCACCGCCUGUCCACAUGGAAGCCUCGACUACCGAAGCCGAUCUCUCGUCCCUCCACCACGUGUUUCAGUUCUCAGCUCCUCACACCCCUGCAUUUGGACCGACCAGCGAAAACAAUCCAGCGACCGACAUGUCGGCCGCCGCCCGACGGGCUUUUCCAAGCCCGCGACGUUCGAACAAUCGCUCGUCCUCACGAAACCUACAGCGGUCUGUGGCCCAGAACCUGCUUCAAUUGGGAUCAGGUGCUGGACAGAAGCGACGGCUCAUGAACGACUUCUUCAACAUUGAUGGCUUCAACGAUCGACGAGACGGCUCAUCUGGCGGAGGUUCGAAGCGGGGACGUACGUCUUGA